AUGGAGACCACACAGCUCCCGAAGCCUCACCUGGUUGUCAUCCCAUCGCCAAUCACCAGCCACGUAAUCGCCACGGUGGAUAUCGGCUGCCUCCUGGCGGCGCACGGCGCGCCGGUGACCAUUAUCACCACGCCCGCCAGCGCGGAGCUCGUACAGGACCGUGUACAACGUGCCGGGCAAGGUUCCUCAGCGGGCAUCACGGUCACCGCGAUCCCGUUCCCGGGUGCGGAGGCGGGCCUGCCAGAUGGCUGCGAGAGGCUGGACCACGUCCCGUCCGUUGCCCUCCUGCAGAAAUUCUUCGACGCCACCAAGCUGUUCGGCGAGCCCGUGGCGCGGCACUGCCGUCUCAUGGCGCCUCGUCGGCCGAACUGCAUCGUCGCCGGGAUGUGCAACACGUGGGCUCACACCAUGGCGCGCGAACUCGGUGCGCCUUGCUUCAUCUUCUACGGGCACGGUGCGUUUUCCUCGCUGUGUUUCGAGUACCUGCACACGCACAGGCCGCAAGAGGCGGUCGCGUCGCUGGACGAGCGCUUCGAUGUGCCAGUCCUGCCGCCUUUCGAGGUCAAGUUCUCCCGGAGGCAGCUGCCGGUGUUUUUCCAGCAGUCCACUAACAUCAAGGAUGACAUUCUUCGAGGGAUCCGGGAGUUCGACAUGGCCGUGGACGGCAUCGUCGUGAACAGCUUCGAGGAGCUGGAACGCUACUCGGCCGCGCGCCUCGCCGUGGCCACGGGCAAGGCCGUGCUCGCCGUCGGCCCCGUCUGGCUGUGCGGCGCACCUAGCCUACUCGAUUCGGACUCGCGCGCCGGCACCGGGUCGGAUGAGGCGAGGCGGUGCGUGGCGUGGCUGGACGCCAAGAAAGCCAGGUCCGUCCUCUACGUCAGCUUCGGCAGCAACGGGCGCAUGCCACCAGCGCAGCUGAUGCAGCUUGGGCUGGCCCUCGUCUCAUGCCCUUGGCCUGUGCUCUGGGUCAUCAAGGGUGCGGACACUCUGCCCGACGACGUCAACGAGUGGCUACAGCACAACACCGACGGCGACGGCCACUCAGGGCCGAGACAGUGUCUUGUAGUUCGCGGGUGGGCGCCGCAGGUUCCCAUCCUAGAGCACCCGGCCGUCGGUGGAUUUCUGACGCACUGCGGCUGGGGCUCGACGCUGGAGAGCGUGGCUGCGGGCGUGCCCAUGGCCACCUGGCCGUUCUUCGCCGAGCAGUUCAUGAACGAGAAGCUGAUCGUUGACGUGCUAGGGAUCGGCGUGUCCGUCGGCGUGACAAAGCCCACAGAGAAUUUGCUGAACGGCGUCAAAGGCGAGGCGAAGGCGGAGGUGGGAACAGAACAGGUGAAGAGGGCCCUGAACAAACUCAUGGAUGGAGGAGCCGAAGGGGAGGAUAGGAGGAGCAAGGCUCGGGAGCUGAAGGCCAAAGCCAAAGCUGCUUUGGAGAACGGGGGAUCUUCGUAUAUGAAUCUGGAGAAGUUGAUCCAGUUCGCCACUUGA